CUCCAAGAUUAUUCUUCCCUUUUGCAGAGCACACAAUUUACUAGACCUUACCCAAAAUACUCAGACAGUGUUGAGGGCCCAGAUGUUUUCUCAUCAUCAUGGUCAGAUAGCGAACUGGAAGUUUCUAGUCUCUCUAGCUUGGAGCUCAUUGUCCUUCCUCCUCCACGGAUAUUCAGCCAUGGUGCUGUCGGAGUGACCCUUUCUCCCAAACCGAGCAAUGGCAUGAACAGGUUUAUUAGCCGUAGCGAGGACCUUCUUCUGAAGUCUGUUGAAGAGGAUCGUCCUAUCUGGAAAGGGUCCCAGAAGAGUGCCCAGUGCAUUUCCCCAGCCCACUCUAACAGAUGUGGAGAGCGCUCAUUAGUCUUUAAGGAAGAGGCAGAAAUCUUUGUUCCCAGAGUGGAACAGCAUCUUUCUACGUCUGUAUUUUCAACACGGGCACCUCCAACCAAGGGUAUCCUCAAACAGACACAAUACCUGAGCGUACAUGCAAAGGACAGUCUACGCAAGUCCAAAUCAGCUGAGAUGCUGGUAAGGAGCCACCGCCAUAAGAGAAAGCCCAAGAGCAUGUCCUUGGACCGGGAGAGGAAACCAGCUGUGUCUGCCCAAGGACUCGAUGCUAAUACAUCCUCUGCUUCACCAAGUUCCGUACUGCCAGAAUGGAAGAUCCAGCUCCUGGAGGAAAAGCUUAAGUUCUCACAGUUUUUGGAUGAGAUUACGUACAGUGUUUUGAGUCCUGCUAGCUUGAACUUGCUGGGUUAUAAAAAGCAAACCUCUAAAGGAAUCCAGGCCCAGCUGAGUCCUUGUCAACAAGAUGAACCCAAGAAGCAUAGAGGAAAGGAGCAGGAGAGAAACCAACCAUGGGGUGAAUGUGACAGCCAACAGGACACUGAGGCUAUGAGAGAAAAGACAGGCAGGUCUAUAACAAGGCAUUUUUCUUUGACAAAGGACAAACUGGAACAAGAAGCAGAGAAAUGGCAUAUGAGACAACAUAAAUCCAAAGGUUCUGAUUAUAGACAGAUGGACAUUGGCGUCGAUUCCAUGCAUAGCAGUGAUGCAGAGUGGGAUGGCAGGAUUCGACAGGGGGUUCAACAACAGUCAUCACCCCAGUCAGCCCAGCUGGAGCUCAGGACUCAGCCAAAUGACACAGUGAAUAAAUUAGGGCUGACAAAGGCUCCAAUGUCUACCGUCCAUAUGGAAAGUGAAAACAUUCCAGUAUCAGAAACUGCUUUUUUGGUUUUAACACAAAUUAAGGAGUCGGUAUCAGAUGCAGACAAAGUCAAGAUCUUACAACAGCAGAAUGAAGACCUGCGCCGCCAUCUCACACAUACCACCCACAAAAUGGAGGCAAUGGAGGCGGAGUUUGACAGCCGUCAACACUAUAUGCAGACAGAGAUGGGCCGAACACGAGACGAUCUGGAGAAGAUGAAAGACAAGUUUCGAAGACUGCAGAACAGCUACACAGCCUCACAGAGAGCCAACCAGGAUUUGGAAGAAAAGCUUCAUGCCUUGCUCCGGAAAGUGGAAAGAGACAAGAAGACCAUGGAUCAAGAGAUAGUGGAGCUCACAAACAAGCUUGUGGAUGCUAAGAACACUAUUGACAAGCUAGAGGAACUAAAUGAACGCUAUCGGCAGGACUGCAAUUUGGCUGUGCAGUUGUUAAAGUGCAACAAGUCCCAUUUCAGGAACCACAAGUUUGCAGAUUUACCAUAUGAACUGCAGGAGAUGGUGAAUAAGCACAUGAAAAGCAGUCUGCCUGACAAGGCUCAGAGCCCUCAAGGAGCCCAUGGCCAGGACCCAGACACACUCAGCCUGACACCUGCUGAUGUGGUGCCCACGUCUGUUAUUGCACGGGUACUUGAGAAACCUGAACCACUUGUUCUCAACUCUGCUCAGUCCAGCAGCAGUGGCCGUCCAGUGGCUGAGGAUGUGUUUGUCCAUGUGGAUAUGACUGGAUCCCGAAAUGAGAGUGCUGGCAGAGAGAAUGGGGGUUCUGGUCAGACUAAGCUUAGUACCGGCACUGCAUCUGAGCAGUCGCAUCUUAAUGGUAUGUUCCAAAGUCCAGAAGGCCAGUCAGCUGACAGUGGGUCAGCACCAUCCUUUGAGAAGUUAAACCCCUACCCUACACCUCCUCCCCCACAUCCGCUCUAUCCUGGCCGCAAAGUGAUUGAGUUCUCUUCUGAUGAUAAAGUAAAGAUCCCUAAGAACAGCCCACUGCCCAACUGUACAUAUGCCACACGCCAGGCUAUAUCUCUCAGCUUGGUACAAAAUGAAGAGGAGGCUGGAGAACGGCAGCGUACUGUCCCCAACAGCCCUGCAGUGUCUGAUGGAGGUUGGCGUUCUGGAACCUCCUCAUCUUCAGGUGGAGGGCAUGUAUCGUACCCCAGGACACCUCAGCAGAGUGAUUUCACUGACCCUUUGUCUAGCCAGUCAAGUCCAUUCAGCAGCCCGCCACAGCCACCGAGUGCCUUUGCCAGCUCAGGUAGCUCUGAGGAGGACUUGCUUACCAACUGGCAGCGAAUGUUUGUAGAAAAGAUCGCACCAUCCUCAGAAGGGACUCUGGUUAACCGCACCUCCUUCAGCAGUGAGACUGUAAAGGAACUCCAGAAGAGUCGCAGCAGCAAGUCAGGUAGAGGAGCUUCAGACCGAGGUAUCCUGCGUGGGGCCUACUCUGAUGGUGAAGAGGGCUCCUCUACGCAAAGUUGGACGGCCAGCAGAGGAUCCAGCCUGGAUACUGAUACAAGCAGCAUUGCAGACCUGCGCACAAAAAGGGGUGAGUAUGGUGCUACCUUUUCACAAGAGGAAAGUGAGCAAUUGCUGAUGGCUCUUGACAAUGAUGAUGGUGCCAGUGGUGACACAAUGGUCAUGGCGGAGUCCAGCCCAGUCUCUUCCAAGCAGCAGGGGUUUUUUGAAGAUGGUGAGUCUGUAGGCAGCCCAGCCGAAGAGCGAGACAUCCUUCCACAGGACUUACCCAUCAUCAGCCCCAGGGUCCUUGCUGGCUUGGAGGAUUACACAGAAAAGCCUCCUGCUCACCGUCACCAUAGUGGCCCCAACCGGCCUCAGAAGAGCCCCAAAAGAAUGGGGGUCCAUCACCUGCACAGGAAGGACAGUCUUACCAGGGCUCAAGAGCACGGAAACCUGCUGGACUGAGAAAGAGGCCUAGCCCCUUGCUCCUUAUUUCACCUACAGUGCUCUUCUGCUUGUUAGCUCACAAGUCUUACCAGGCCACAAAAGGAAGCAGGAAUCAUAUAGUGAUUGAUCAACUAAUACCCAGGCUGCUUUCCUUUUAUGGGUUAUUACUGUAACACUUGAGCCACUUCUCAGAAGCAAGAAGUUCACUUAGUUAUGGUAUUUAUAUUACAGAUUAAGGUGGUCAUCAUACCUUUAAAGAAGUCUGUACUUCAGUCAUCCUUUAAGAAUGUAAGAGCAUGUAAGAAGUUCAUUUUUCCAUGCUCCAACAUCUUCAGGACAUCUUCAAGCUGUGGUGUAAUUAUGAGACGAAUUCAGGAUAUAGCCAUAUAGACACGUCUGUAUUUGGCCAAUGUAAUGUAACGGGGGAGAUCCAGAUGAAAUAGCACUGUAACUUGUUACCGAAAGGUACUGAAAUACCACAGAAACUGGAAGAAAGUCCCCUUUUCUGUUGCAGGGUUUCAGCAUGAGAGCUGUCUAUCUUUAAAGAUUAAAGAAUGAGUUGGUGCUCUAGACUGAGAUCCAGAUACUGUUGUAUGGUUUGGAUUAUGCAGGUUUCGUGUCCAGUGAAGAUCCAGUGGACUUUAAACUUUCAGUGCCUAACCCUUUUUAAUGACUAAAGUUUUCCCAUCACCCUUUAAAAAGUAUUGCUCCUUACUUUCAGUUUAUGUCAGAACUAAGAACUCCAUCUCACUUCACAACUAUGACAAACACCACUUUUUAUUGAGCUGCCACAGUAAAUUAUGAUCCAAAAUUAGUUUUUUACUAUGAAAGUUCCUGGUAUGUGGCUAAGGUCCAUAAAAGGAUUUCUUGGUAACUCCCACUUCACAAUGAGAGUCUGUGGAAUAGAUUUGGAUGUCUUGUAUAACUACUAAAUCUUUGUGUUUUUGAAAUAUAGUUAGACAAAUUUAGACCUAAAUCUGAGCUUUGGAUAUUUAUCUUUCACCCUGUGAAGAAUGUGUGGAUUUGUUCAGCAUUUAUUUAAUUUAAUUUGUUUUUUCAGGAUUCAGUAUGAGUAAGAAAACAAACAUCACACGUUAGGAUUCCAGUGAAAACAAGAUUGUUAUUUAUUGGUGUCCAAUCACGUAGCUAGUCAUCAGUUUUCAUAGCUGUUGCCAACAGUGAAAUUUUACUCACUACAAUUUAAUGUAUUUUAAACAAUACAAUUGGCUGUCAGAAUAUUUAAAAAAUUCUCAAUGCCAUUAAAAAUUUCCAUGCUAUUUUUAUCAAAUGUAGGCCAAAGGAAAUCUUCAUUUCAAGAUCAAAUAAGCCCAGUUUUCAUUUUUACACCAACUAAUAAAAUAACAGUAUAUCAGUUGAUGUAUGUUAAGGGCUCCUGAUAGAUGCAUGUAACUGGUGCUAUAUCUUAUUUUCCCCACAUGUUUGAGAUAUUUUCAAAGAAACUCUAAAUCACUAUUAAAUUGUAACAACUUGGGUAUUCUAAAAUAAUAUUGACAUCUUAGUAUUAAUCCAAUCUAAGUAGUUCAGCAUUUAUUGAUAAAUAUUGGCCUAUGCUAAAACGUAAAAAUACACAAAAGAUCCUUCUCCUCUUUACCUCCAUACUAAAUACGGCAGUCGACUCAUCAAUCUGGAACGACUGCCUUUGUCUAUUAAUUGGCACUCCCUGGAACUGUCUGGAAGUUUAUUACAGUGAAAUAAAAUCUAUCAAUAUGUUUGAGUUAGUGGUCAUUAAAGUUAGUAUUUCAUUAA